AUGCGGUGUCACGUCCUCGCGACACCUUUUGGCUUCCACACCUUGCAGGUCCACCCGAUUCUUGUUCCCUUCUUCAAACUCUUAUCAAAGGUUCGGGUUCGCGACCCUGUUGUUCCUGUUAUCUUCCUGACCCUCAGCAGGGUUCUUCGCAAGUCAUUAAAAUUCGGCGAUGGCUACUUAGUCCGUCACUGCAGGAAUAUUGUCAAUAUUCAGGAAGCUUUGAACAUUACAAAGAGCGAGGGUCUCGUCAACAACAACAGCAUCGAUGUCGAGAUCGUUCCAGCUCUGGUAAUCUGCCGCAUGGCCAAGGACAUCGUCGGAACACAUAUGCAGACUUUUGUUUCUAUGCACAAGGGAAUGUAUACUUGGCAACUGCUGGUGGAAGCCAUGGCCGGCAUGUACAUGGCUGGCGUCAACAUCAGAUGGGACAAGUAUCACGAAGACUUCCCUGAGUGUUACGAGGUGUUGCAGCUGCCAGCCUGCGGAUGGACGAUGAAGGAGUAUUGGCUGCAGUUCCCUCACUCUUCUAUUUACAGAGUGGUAAAGGAUACUCUGAGGGGAAGUGCUGAUGGGCAGACGUCCAUUCUAUGGCCUAGGGACACAGAGUCUAUGGUGUUCCGCUGUGCACUCCGUCUGUUUAUGCCGAUAUCUCUCUCAUGGUCGGCAACUACGUCACUCACCGAGAUCGCAGAGAUGCAUAUUCAGAGCGCCUUGGUUGCGAACGACGUUGGCAAGGAGCAGAUCCUCUGCACUGAUGCCAAGUUUGACAAGCAGAGCAACACCGUGUUUUGCACCUUCUCCAGCGUGGAUCUUGCUGACUUUGAUCCCAAGUACUGUGGUCUCUCUGCGGCCACUCUUAACAACGACACUUUUGAAGCGGCAGGCAUAGUUUCUUUCAAGGGAAUUCCUCAUAACAACACUUGGUUUUCUAACCCAGUGUACAUUGAUGCGAUCUCGCAGAUCGGGGCUUUUGUUAUGAACGCCAAUGACGGUGUCGAUCUUGAGAAUGAGAUCUUCGUCAAUCACGGGUGGGAGUCCAUGAAGCUCCUCACUCCUAAGCUGGACCUGAACAUGACUUAUCACUCGUAUGUUAAGAUGACCGAGGGCGAGAGUAGAUUGUGGAUUAGAGACGUCGUUGCCACCUAG